AUGAGAUCUCUGGAGCCCAACACCUCCGUUCGCAACGACUCUGACUCCACCGUGACCCAAGAUCUCGGGUUCUCCUACUCGAAAUCCGAGUCUGGAACGUGGAACAACUCUGUUGGGAUCACGCUUGGAGUCUCGGCAACCUUUAAAGCCGGGGUACCCUUCAUCGCCAGCGUCGAGUGGAACGUCUCUGUUUCUGCCGAGUACAGUCACCAGUGGGGUGGGUCUGUCGGAGUCGAGAAAACGGUGUCUGAGUCGACCAGUGUCACUGUACCUCCGCACAAGAAGGCGCAAGCUAAAGUCAUUGUGAGGAAUGCCUUCCUUGACGUUGGGUUCUCGUACAAGGAGAAGGUGUUGUAUACGAACGGCCAGACGGAGGACCUUCUGAAGCAAGGGGUGUAUAAGAAUGUGGACUCGUACCACGUUGACGUCGAGCUCACCAACUGGGAGCCUACUGACUGA